AUGGAGAAGAGAGUGUGUGUGAUCCAGACUGACUUCCACCAGUACAGACCCACCAUCGUUCUGCACAGCAGACCCCUGGCACAUGUCGAGUCUCUGUCGCUGCAGCAGCACAUUCACACACAGGCGGCAGGGAUGAGGGAGAGAGAGGAGCUGAGGAGAGCCCUAGAGCAGAGUGAGCGCCUCCUCUCCAAGGUGAGCGAGCUGGAGGAGCAGAACACUGAGCUCGACAAGGAAAGGAAUGAGGUGGCCACUAGAUACCGAGCUGAACAGGAGAGCGCUCAGGCGUCCGAGCAGCGCUGUGUCCAACUGGAGAAGGUCCAGUGUGAGCUGGAGCUGCAGCUGUCGGGUCUUACAGACCGACUGGAAGAGGAAGAGGCCUGCUCAGCCCAGCUGAACCUCCACAGGGACAGGCUGGAGGCCGAGUGCAGCAUCCUCAGACGAGACCUGGAUGAACUGGAGAGCGCCCUGACUGCGACUGAGCAGAGUAAACAGUCAUCAGACAGUGAGCUGAGGAGGCUGUCAGAGCAGCUUUCUCAGAAGGACGAGGCGGUGCAGAGGCUCCAGAAGGAGAAAGAACAUCUGGUGGAGCUCAGCCAGCAGGCCAUCGAGGACCUACAGAGCGAAGAGGAGAAAGUGAACUUCCUGACCAAAGAGAGAACCAAGCUCCAGAUGCAAGCUGAGAAUUUGGAGUAUCAGCUGGAGCAGGAGCACCAUCAGCUCGGUGAGCUGGAGAAGAGCAGGAGAAAGCUAGAGGGGGACAGCCGAUCCACUCAGGAUAGUCUGGGAGAGAUGGAGAAGAUGAGGAGCGGUCUGGAAGACCUCAUCAAAAGGAAGGAUCUGGAGCUCUGCAGUACCAGCUCCAAACUGGAAGCAGAGGAGGCCCUCAACAGCGGACUGCAGAGAAAGAGCAAAGAGCAACAGGGAUUCAGCAAAGCCCUCUCAGUCAAACACCUGAACAUCCUCUUCGCUGACCUGUGCUCACUUUACUGUCACAGGACGUCAACUUCUGUUUUCUCCGGUGGGAUUUCGUCGCCCGAUCGCCGCCAUCUUUCUUUUCCUCCAGCAGAGUUCCAGAGGCUCAUGGCUGUUCCCCUGGAGGAGAAAUUCAUGGCCCAGUUAGAUAUGCACUCCAGUGAGCUGAUCAGAGUCAUCCGUUCCAAAGGAGGAGCAACACGCCAGAAGAUUGCUGGCAUCAUGCAGACUUUGGACCAGGCCCGCAUUGAGGAGCUGGAGGAGGAGCUGGAGGCAGAGCGCGCCAUGAGAGCCAAGGUGGAGAAGCAAAGAGCAGAUCUCACCAGAGAACUGGACGAUCUCACUGACCGGCUGGAGGAAGCAGGAGGGGUCACAGCCUCUCAGAUGGACGUAAACAAGAAGCGUGAGGCUGAGCUGCAGCGUCUGAGGAGAGACCUGGAGGAGUCUUCUGUCCAGUCCGAAGCUCUGGCUAUGUCUCUGAGGAAGCGGCACGGCGACGCCAUGGCCGAGCUGAGCGAGCAGUGCGAGGCUCUGCAGCGGGCCAGAGCCAAGCUGGAGAAGGAGAAGCAGAACCUGAGGAUGGAGGUGGAUGAGCUGGUUGCAUCGCUGGACAAUCUCCAGAAAGCCAAGAUGUCCUCGGACUGCCAGAUGAAGAAACUGGAGGAGCAGCUGUCUGAGUCUAACAGGAGAGGAGACGACCUGCAGAGGGCGCUCACUGAGCUCAAUGUGGCCAAGAACAGACUCUCAGCCGACAACACAGACAUGAGUCGACAGAUGGAGGAGGCAGAGAGCAGAGCCAGUCAGCUGGCCCGCUCCAAAUCCCUGUUCCAAACCCAAGUGGAGGAGCUGAAGAAACAAUUGGACGAGGAAGUCAAGUGUAAGCAGGCGGUCAGCAGCAGCCUGGGCUCGGUGCGGCAGGAGUGCGAGGUUCUGAAGGAGCAGCUGGAGGAGGAGCAGGAGAGCAAACAGGAACUGCAGCGCCUCGUCUCCAAACUCAAUAGUGAGGUGACGCACUGGAGGACCAAGCACGAGUCUGACAGCAUCCUGCACGCAGACGAGCUGGAGGAAUCCAAGAAGAAGCUGGCAACCAGGCUGCAGGAGGCUGAGGAGGCCGUGGAAGCCACGCAGGCCAAAUGCUCCUCGCUGGAGAAAACUAAACAGAGGCUGCAGGGGGAGGUGGAGGAUCUCUGCAUGGACCUGGAGAAGGUCGGCAGCUGCGGCCAGGCUCUGGAUAAGAAGCAGCGGUUCCUGGAGAAGCAGCUCGGAGACUGGAAGCAGAAGUGUGAGGAGCUGGUGGCCGAGGUGGAGGGCUGCCAGAAGGAGUGCCGGCAACACGCCAGCGAGCUCUUCAAACUCAAGACGGUACAUGAAGAGUCUCUGGAGCAGCUGGAGGCUCUGCGCAGGGAGAACAAGGCCUACCAGGAGGAGAUAGCUGAUCUCACAGACCAGCUCUCAGACGGAGGGAAGAGCGUCCACGAGCUUCAGAAGGCAAAGAAGAAGAUUGAGAUGGAGAAGGAAGAGUUACAGGCCUCGCUGGAGGAAUCUGAGGCAGCCUUGGAGGCCGAGGAGACCAAGGUGCUGAGGCUGCAGCUGGAGUUGUCUCAGGCUAAAGGAGACCUGGAGCGCAGACUGCAGGAGAAGGAAGAAGAGACCGAGGCUGCCAGAAAAGUCCACCAGAGGGCGCUCGAUUCCCUGCAGACCAGUCUGGACGUGGAGGUGAAAGGCAAAGCAGAGGGACUGAAGCUGAAGAAAAAACUGGAGGCCGACAUCAACGAGCUGGAGCUGCAGGGGGACCUGCUCACCAAGAACAACACAGAGCUCGGCAAGAACAGCAAGAAGCUACAGCAGCAGAUCAAAGAGCUGCAGGCUCAGCUGGAGGAGGAGGCGCGGAGCCACGAGGAGCACAGGGAGGAGCAGGCAGCCCUGGAGCGACGCUGUGGUCUGUUGGUUGGCGAGGGGGAGGAGACACGUACAGCCCUGGAGUGCGCGGAGAGGGCACGCAAGGCCCUGGAGACAGAGCUGCAUGAAGCCAGCGAGAAAUACGGUGACCUCAACAACCAGUUUCAGUCGGCUCUGAGUGGGCGGAGGAAGCUGGAGGUGGACCUGCAGACUCUGCAGCAGGAGCAUGAGGAGCUACAGGGAGAGAUGAGGGGAUUCACAGACAAGGCCAAGAAGACCAGCUGUGAGUUGGCACGAGUGGGGGAGGAGCUGCGUCUGGAGCAGGAGCACACGCUGCACCUGGAGAGAGUGAAGAAAGGACUGGAGGCCCAGAUCAAAGACAUGAGCAGCAGACUGGAAGAGGCCGAGCAGAUGGCUCUGAAGGGAGGGAAGAAGAUUAUUCAGAAGUUGGAGGGAAAGGUGAAGGAGAUGGAGCUGGAGCUGGACUCGGAGCAGAAGCGGCACGCUGAGACGGUGAAGACGCUGCGGAAGAACGAGCGCCGGCUGAAGGAGCUGCUGUUCCAGUCGGAGGAGGACCAGAAGAACCAGCAGAGGAUGCAGGAGCUGGUUGAGCGGCUGCAGAACAAGAUGAGGGCCUACAAGAGACAAGUGGAGGAGGCCGAGGAACAAGCGAACAUGAACCUGGUGAAGUACAGGAAGACCGUCAACGAGCUGGAUGAUGCUGAGGAGCGCGCUGAUAUCGCUGAGUCGGCUCUCACCAAGAUCCGGACCAAGAACAGAGGCAGCUUUGGCAAAGGAUAUUCCUCUGGUUACAGCACGCCGUACCCUGGCCGGGUCAGGUCGCCCAGCUCUGUGGGCUCCGAGGGCCGAGGGGAGAAGAUCCUCAACGACGACAACGAAUCCGUCAGCUCCCUCAUCCCGGCCUAUCUCAACUCCCUCAAGAAGCUCAUGAUCGAUUAG